GGGUGUUGACAGGAGCAAAAGAGGAAGGUGUGUGUGUGGGGAGGGGGGAGGCAGAGAGACCAAAUCUGGACUGGCCCAGUUCACUCGCACCGCAGACCCCUGCAGCAGGACCAGGACAGGAGAAAGAGGGACCAACGUGGACCUGGAUAGUGGGGUUGGGGUGGGGUUUUGGGGUUUGGGGGUGGCUGUAAUGCUGGUGGUGAUGCACCGAGAUCAGAGCCGCGGAUUCCUGCGGAGCCCGACACACUGCACCACGGCCCCGCAACCCAGUAUGAGCUGCUGCAGGGUCAGGCGCUCCUGCUUCUCCCCAUCAGAGCCCAGCCAGCACAGAACCGCUUCCCCACAGUUCUGCAGCCUGACCCAGACCGCAGGGUAGCAGCCUACCGUGCAAGCUUCAUCCAUACUCGACCCCCGUCUGCAGGAGUGGGGGUGGAGAGAGAGAGAGAGAGAGAGAGAGAGAGGACACCUUUAGAAAAACACAGUCUGCAGUUUGCUCCACCAGUUUCAUUUUUUGCAUGCACCAGUUUGAUUUGUUUUGCAUGCACCAGUUUGAUUUAUUUUGCAUGCACCAGUUUGCAUUUUUUUUUGCAUGCACCAGUUAGAUUUUUUUGCAUGCACCAGUUAGAUUUUUUUGCAUGCACCGGUUUCAUUUUUUGCAUGCACCGGAUGUUCUGAUCUGUGCAAGAGACAAGAGGGUCGGGGGUGGGAAGAUGUUGGUGCGAUGCUACCGAGGCAAGCUGUCGGUGUGGGCCGCUGCCUGCGUGCUGGUGCUCUGCUGGUUUUACGUUUUCCCAGUCUACAGACUCCCCCGAGAUAAAGACAUAGUGGAGGAGGUCCUGAGGCAGGGGGAGCUAUGGCAGAAGAACCAGACGGCCAUCCAUCUAUUCAGGAAGUUGCUGACGGAGUGCUGCGAUCCACAGAGGAUGUUUGCGGUGACCAAGGAGAACUCGCCGAUGGGAAAGGUCCUGUGGUACGAUGGCGAGUUUUACCACUCGCACACCAUCAACAACGAGACCUACCCAAUCCUCGUGAAGGAAAACCCUCUGCAGCUGCCCCUGAAGAAGUGUGCGGUGGUGGGCAACGGUGGCAUUCUUCGUAACAGCAAAUGUGGACAGGACAUUGACCGGGCCGAUUUCGUCCUGCGGUGCAACCUUCCACCAAUGUCAAAGGAAUAUGUGGAGGAUGUGGGGACCAGAACUCACCUUGUUACAGCCAACCCCAGCAUCAUACAGAAAAGAUUUCAGAACCUUCUUUGGUCAAGGAAAGUGUUUGUGGACAGCAUGAAGGUUUACGGCUCCAGCUACAUCUACAUGCCAGCGUUCUCCAUGAGGACCGGCACUGACCCAUCGCUGCGGGCCUACUACGCCCUGGCGGACACCUCCUCCAACCUCACCAUGCUCUUUGCCAACCCCGAAUUCCUGCGCACGGUGGGCAAAUUCUGGAAGGCCCGCAGCGUGCACGCCAAGCGCCUCUCCACGGGUCUCUUCCUGGUCAGCCUGGCCUUGGGGCUGUGCGAGGAAGUGACGGCCUACGGCUUCUGGCCUUUUUCCGUCGACCUGGACGAGCAGCCGGUCAGCCACCAUUACUACGACAACAUCCUGCCCUAUAAGUGGUACCACGCCAUGCCCGAGGAGUUUGUCCAGCUCUGGCAACUGCACAAAAGCGGCACGUUGCGCAUGAGAGUGGGACGCUGCCACCCUCGGGAAGGAGGGAGUUAGAGCUUCCUGGUGAGUGAAGCGAGAGCGGCCAGUUGAAGCUAAGUGGGCGACAGGAAGCAGAUGAAGACAUUUGGAUUGUGAAACGUCAGGAUGUUGUCGUCAUGACAAACAAAUGGGGUGCGCAUAUUUCCUCUGAGGAACCUCGGCAAUGCAUCUGUGUCCAAACCCACCAGCUAAUCCCUAAUUAUCAUAAGAAUGUCCUCCUCCCAGACCAGCAGCAUCUGGGACAGGAUAGGCACACAUGCAGCCAAAUACACACACACACACACUCCCAAAUAUUGCCAUGUCUCUUCCCCUCAUUUCUAAAAUUGGGUGUGUGCGUGGGUGUUUGUUGUAGGCCUCAGCUGGGUUUUUUUUUAUGCUGACUGCUGUAUCUGACUGACAUAUGGGGCAGCUGGCCCAAACCCCCCUCUGGGUCUUUUUCAAAGGACCAAGGGGAAUAAUAAAAGACUCUGAAAGACUGGCGAAAUACGAGGAACAAGGGAGAGAUAAUGGUAUCCUGGUACCUAGUAGCUUGAAUAGGACUGAAAUUUAAUGGAAGAAAAGAAAAAGGAAUGGUAGGGGGUUGGGGAGAGGAGCGAAAGCUGGCUCGUUUGUGUAUGAAAGGAUUUUUCUCUCUGCUUUUCUUCAACCGAGCACUUGAUUGGCAUUCUCUGGUGCCAAACAGGGCUUUAGUUCAAAGCAGGGGCCAUUAGAAACGGAGUCUUACGUUCUACGUACCCCAGAAUGUUUAUCCAAGUUGCAUUUUAACCCUUCACUGAAAACGGAAAGAUAAAUACACCCCUGGUGUCCACAUAUUGUUUUUGAUGGCCAAAUGUGAUAUUCAGGAUUAAUGUGGAUUCUUUUUCUAGGUGCAUCAGCAGAAGGCAGAGCGCUUUAUCAACAUAUGUAAUCAGAAAUGAACAUUCAUUACAAACAAGCCUCACACAUGGGUACCUCACUUCUAAGCGGACAUCAUUACAGACUAUUCGGUACGAUUCACUCCUAAGAAGGCUCCUUAGAGAUGGCAGUUACUACGUCAUCUCUUGGUAUCUGUGCUGAACUUGCUAAGUGCCAAGCCAAGGGAAGAGUGGUCUCUUUGAUAGCCACUCUAGCACGGUCCUAGUGCUCUCAAAUGGCAAGGCACUGAUAUAAAGAGACGUAUUGUCAGAAAAAGACUGGAGGCACAAAGUUUUAAUGGUUGACUUUUUUUCUUCUUUUUUUUAAGACACUGGACUCCUUUAAAGGGUAAAAAUUUGAUUUAUUUGCGAUGUUAUUAUCAUAUCAUCAUGCAUCUAAGCACAGCAAAAAACUGAGCCUCUGUCCAGUGCUUCUUUUAUAAUUCUGAUUUGUUUUGUUGACUUUUUUGUGCACAAGGGAAAAAACAACUUGCUCAUGUAGAAGCCAACACAACACACACGACAGUUGUUGGGUUUUUUUAUAUACUUGCAGGCCUUGCAAGUCACUUUUUUUGAACAUGUUAUUUAAGAGUGAUUAAAUGUGACCGUGCCAUAUUGUCGAUACCGCAACAAAGGAUGACUCUGCAUGGAAAGUGCAUGGAGUGUACCUUAAUCCUUGACAAAAAACUCCUUGGACUCAAGGUACAAAACAUGUGGAUAGUUUAGUGCUUUAUGCUUUAUUUUACUCAUUGUCUGUCAAACUGAAUAAGGUCCAGGUGCCUUUUGAGACGUAUUAAGGCAAAAAAAAGGAUCAUUCAAACGAGGGAUAUUUCUAAUGCUGACCAUGCAUCUUGGGUCUGCGGAUCAGUCGUUAAGUGUGAAUGACAGUGAGCCCUGACGUGUGAAAUGCACUUAAAGAGAGCUACAUACUCCUGGACCGAGUUAAUGAAGAGGAACAAAAGCUAGACCUUUCUAAUCCUCAUGUGGCUCUAGGACACUGGAACCUAUUCGUUUUUACCUAUUGUGUUGUUUCUUACUUGCACCUUUUAUUAUUUUCUCUCCUUCCACAGUAUUGUGAAUGAGUGAGAUGUGACAUAGUGUGAAUUUUGAUUAAGCAUGAGGAUUUUUUAAAUGUGUAUGUGCUUCUGGUACACAGAUUAUUUUUUUUUGUAUCUAUUUCCAUUAUGUUCUGAUUCGUGGCCCCUCAUACCAUCCUAUCUGAGUGAUAACAGAAGCUGAUGUCUUAUCAAAAGGGAGAUGAAUCUGUCAUGUACAUUUUGGCCUGUUAGUUCAUCGGCCAUUCGUUUUUAGAUCUCCGAGCGUUCUUUUAAAGUAUGCUUUUUCAAAAGCUACUUCUGCUCCAAAUAAACUGCAGUUGUUGCCAACAUAAACCAUCUGAAUCUUUGAUGCUGUGCUCUUCCUGGUACAACCUGCACAGCUUGCAUAUCUGUGCAGCCUGUGCAUUGAUUAUUUAAAACACUGAAGUGACCAUCAUACGUUUUUAACAGUUUCUCUUAAUGAUUUAGCUUGGAAGAACACGUAAGAGCAAUCUGAUCACCAACGAGGGCAGCAUAUCAUGAAUGGUGUUUUUUAUACAUUCCAAUCACAGGAGUCAUAUCAAAUGGUUGAACACGCCAACAUGUGCUCUGCAGCUGCUUAGUCAUGCUUGUGUUUUUUCAUAUAUUUCUCAGAAUCAAAUUUCAGAAAAUGAAUGGAGAUUGUGCGACAUUAGUUGAGAUGAGAAGAUUGAUAAACUCUGUCUGAAUGGUAAGUAUGCAGCUUCAGCCAAUUAGCUUAGCAUAUCUUAGCUUAGCAUAAAGACUGGAAACGGGGAAACAGCUAGCCUACCAACACUUCCAGUGCACACUAGUUAUCAUCCGUGAGUUUAACUCGGAAUUGACAUUAAAGCGAGAUGACCGCGGAAAUUUACUGAACUAUAAAAAUAUUUAUAUAAAUAAAUAAAGAAUAAAUAUAUAAAUUGUUUUCAUGUAGGCUCCCUGGGAAGAAAUCAGCAUAGAUUCACUGAUUUCACUGGGAGCCUUGAUCACUCCUUAAUGAUAAGUAAUUAUUAAUAAUUAAUAAGUAAGAUAUUUGUUAAUCUAGAACAUAUAAGCACAACUCUAGCUGUUUCCCCCUGUUUCCUUGCUGUUCCUUCACGUUUAGCAUAGCAGAUAUGAAAAUCAUAAUUUCAAACUUUCUUUAAAGCUGCAAGCAUUAUCAUGAAGUCAGUGAGGAAACAAAAUUGUGGAACAGGACUGAAGGAAAUAGAGCAUGGCUUGUACACUUCCUAGACACAUUUAUGUGCCUGAAGGGUGACUAAUUUGGUGUCAUGAGUCUGGUCGUGGAAGGGUCACAUGUUUGAUCCCCCUAGCGGCCAUGUUAUCGGCUACAGUGUCCUUAAGCGAGACAAACAUGAGUUAUGAAACCUGCCACUGUGUUCUUGUCAAACAAUUAAUUCUGUGUUCUUCUUUAACCUCAUGAUAAUGUCUUCGACUGUUUGGUGGGAAAACAGCGAGUUCAUGCUGAUGUCUUAAUGCAGGUUUAACACAGCAGAGGGUCUCGCAUGUGGAGAUGUGAUCACAGAUCUUCUGUCUCGUCUUCAUGUGUGAGGACAUGCCGUGUCACAAAUGGCAACCUUAAUAUGAAGUGGGUCAAAUAGUAAAUGCAAAUACAUUUUGGUAUUUGUUUGAAUCUGAGAAAACUACUGAAUGUUUAGGCAGAAAAAAAACGAGUUAAAGCUACUACAUGAGGGAAUUUUUUUAUGCGAUUAUAUCAUCUUUCAAAUAACUUAAUUAUUGUCCGUAACAAUUUUGGUGAAUAUUGGUGCAGUCUAUGUGUUGCCUUCAGCCGAUUCAUCCCAGUCUGGAGGGAGAGGAAGAGUUAUAGUGGCAUGCAUUACUGUACUUUUUAAUCCUACCACAGGGGGCGCCAAAGUCAUGAACUAUCAAAUUCUACGCAUAUCUUUUAAAAAAAGGAAUUAAACCUCAAAUAUAAAGUAAAAGAUUUAAUUAGAUUUUAUGUUACACUGUUCGAUGAUUCUCUGGUAGAUAAUUGACACACUUUUGUAUUUGUUUUUCAUGUAGUAAAUUAGGUUAAAACAAAUACGAAUACUCAUUUGUAAAGACUGUUUGACUCAUUUUUUAUUAAUACCGUUCCAGAGGGCUCAACUUUCCUACAUAUUUAAAUAUUUGAUGUUAUGCCAAGCUUGGUUAUUUUUUAUCAACAGGUGUAAAUGUGCUUUAUUUGCCUUGAUUGCCUGAAUUUGUUACAUAAAAAAAAAAAAAAUCUUCUUGAAGGCAUUGCUGUUUGCGCCACCCUGACUUUCACCUCCUCUGCUCGUUCAUGUCAUCUGACGUGAACAAUCCCGCCUGAACAUGUUAAAAAUAAAUCAGAACUGCACCUAGAAAUGGACUCAACCAACUGUAUGUGUAACCUGACUUAAACUGUGAAGGAUAAACACUAAACAAACUAAUGAAAUCAAACAUUUUCAUAUGAAAGGCGAACACUGCUAUACAAUAAAAGAAGGAAA